AUGAUGUCCCCAAUAGCUCGAACCGCCGCUUUUUCAUCGAGAAAGGCCUUUGGCUCGGCACUGCAGAAAACCGCCGCGCCGCCGGUAUGGUCUAGGAACUUGUCGACCACAGCCCCUGUUGCGCAGGAGGCAAACAUCCUGCUCCAAGAUAAGGCCAACGGAUUUGGGUUCGCGCGAUCGAACCCUCGACCGAAGAAGCCUAGAACUAAGGGGGUGACCGAGAUCAGAGGACCGUACUAUACCGUGAUGGGCAAGAGAUACCUCGCCGAUGUUCUCGAGACGAUGGGCACACAUGUCGACGGACUUAAAUUCGCCGGAGGCUCUUUCUCGCUCUUCCCAGAGAAGCCUCUCAGAGAGUUGAUUGACCUUGCACAUGAAUACGACGUCUAUGCGUCAACGGGUGGAUGGGCCGAGCAUCUCCUCACACACCCAGACCCGAACGCGGUGUUCGACAAAUAUCUCUCAAAAUGCAAAGACUUAGGAUUCGACGUGAUCGAGCUUUCUUCAGGUUUUCUGUCCUUCCCUGAAGAGGACUGGCUCCGCCUUGUCGACAAGGUUCACUCGUACGGACUAAAAGCAAAACCCGAGCUAGGCAUUCAAUUCGGAGCUGGCGGUGACACCUCAGCCGCCGGUCUCGAAUCACUCGGCACUUCCGAUCCUGGAAAGCUGGUGAACUUGGGACACAGAUUUCUCAACGCGGGCGUUGAGCGCCUGAUGAUCGAAUCUGAGGGCAUCACUGAGAAUGUAAACUCGUGGAGAACGGACGUGGUGUCGAAAAUCAUGAAGGAGCUUCCACCCGAGCGUGUCAUGUUCGAGGCAGCAGACCCCCAGGUGUAUACCUGGUACAUGAGGGAGUUUGGCAUCGACGUUAACCUGUUCGUCGACCAUAGCCAGAUUGUUCAGUUGUCAGGCUUGCGCCAUGGCAUCUGGGGCACAGCGGACACUUUCGGAAGACUUGUGUCUUUCCGGCCUGAUCGCCGCAAAGAAGCAGACUGCCAUUUCUCGGAUAAGCCAGCUCGAUUGCUUCGGCCCAGCAAUGAUCCCAAGGAAGCGAUGUUGCUUAGCGAACACCUGGUGCCCACUCCACAGCGGCGAACGGCCAUGGACCAUUUGCUCAAUUCUCUCGAGGACACAAGCGCGAACAUAGAACAAGAUGUUGGAGAUGAUAAGGAUGGCGCGGCGCCUGUUCCAAAGGUUGCGCGAUUGCUUCGAGACGGCCAAGGGAAGUUUAUGUAUAUUGGGGACUCUGCGAGCUUGUCGUUCGUGCAGAGCGUCCGUCGCAUCGUUUCGCUGUCAAUUGGGCGGUGCGAAUUCACGGAGGAUACAUCACGCCACUCUAUGCUAGAGGCUUUCCAAAGCAGCUCGACUACUCAGAGCGGGCCGCUGAUCGAACCCCCGAGCAAUGAUGAGGCGCAACGGCUCGCUCGCCAGUAUGUCUUGGCUACUAGCCCGUUGCUGGACCUGUUUGAUCUCGAGGAGUUUCAUCCGCGGCUUGCAAAUUGGAUUGGAAAUCCGACAGGUGAUGAGGAUACAGUCAGCUCAAUUUUCUACCUCGUCCUUGCAAUAGGUGCGCAGGUAUCUGAUACGAACCAAACUCUGGCCGAGCAAUAUUUUGUCAGUGGCCGGCAACUCGCCUUCUCGGCAUUCACCGAGACUCCCAGUCUAUAUACCAUCCAGUCCUAUGUUCUCAUUUCCAUGUACAUGCUCGGUGCUUGUCGCCGGAAUGGUGCAUUCAUGAACCUCGGCAUCGCUUUACGGGCUGCAUAUGCAGUGGGCAUUCACCGAAAGGACGCAAACUCCCUGUUUACUGCGCGGGAAAGGCGGGCCAGGGAACGAGUGUGGAGAAGUCUUCGUAUGAUGGACCUAUUUCUUAGCGCUUCUUUGGGACGUCCACCUGCCACGUCGGAUUUCGAUUAUGACGUACGCGAGGAUGAGAUCUCCCGAAGAGAAUCACACCUGCCACGGGAUCAGCUAUCUACAACCGUUGUAUCCCUGUGUCGCAUUUUUGAGCGAGUCCUUACCGAAGUGUAUAUGCGACAGGUCGUAUCAAUUAACGUCGCGGAGAAUAUUUCUAAUCAGCAUCGAACUUGGGUCAGGAACCUACCUGCUUUCCUCCAAAUGCAAACAGAACGAUUAGAUUCCAAAUCGCUGGAAGAGAACCUGGCUGCAGCACAUGUAUUUGGAUCAUACUACUGGUCGAUCAUCCUUUUAACACGACCUUUCCUCAUCUUCUGGGUAUCACAAUACGUGAGAAACAAGAAAGAAGCUUCUAGGGCCCCUGAGGCCAGGAAUGCUACCUCUCGCCUUUCUCUUUUCGCCGAUGCCUGUGUUUACUCUGCGUUGCGCGGUCUUGACAUCGUGGACGGCCUUUCAACAUACGAAAACUUACCGCGCAGGUUACCGUUCUUAAUAAAUUCCGUCUUCAACUCAGCAGUGGUCCUGGGAGCCGCUUUUUUCGCCGAUUACGACAAUUUUCUCCCACUUGAAGAAGGUAUGAAUAAAGCGGAGAAAUUUCUCGGCCUCUUUGUACCAUACGAUCCACACGCCUGCCGCUUCCUUCAGAUUGUGAAGUAUCUUCGAGCUGCAGUGGCCGAGUACGUUAGCCAACGAAACCGGCAAUGGAUGGAACAGCGCAGUCGACAAGUCGACCAGCUCUUUGGCCAAGUAGGGCCUGCAAGUGAACCGUCUUUAGAAGUGGAUACUAUGCCUGCACGUCGGGCCGGUGAACCCGCCGUGCCAUCUCCUUUAUCUCCGGAUAAGCUCCCACCAGCAAACCCUACGCCAUCACAGCCUCCCGAGCUACCAGCACUCGCACCCCAAGACAACAACAUUUGGGAUGCUCUAUGUGGCACGGCCGCAACAGGGGGGCUCCCGUAUGACUCUGUAAUCUCUACAUUGACCACUACCGGGAUACCAAUUGGGUUUUCACCCGGUGGCACCAUGCCAUCUGGGAUGAGGGCGGAGCCUGGAGGCCAGACGCCGCUUUCUGAUAUGAUCUUGUCAGACAAUGGCCUUCUUUACAUGGCCGAGGAUCUUCCGGUAUUUGGACUUUGGGAUGACACAUGA